CAGAUGCUGACAAUUACUCUCCCUCUGACGCAGUGUGUCUGUGGGUCCUAUUAAGGGCUGCCUUUUACAGAGACUUUUAAACUGAGCAUAGUUGACACAGACACCUCCCACCUCGAACAGAACAUACAUAUAGAGCCCAGCGGGAGACUACUGACCGCCCCCUGGCACACGGCACACCUGCCUCGGACACACACACACUGCGAGACCAUGCAAGUGGAGUGACUGGUUUUGGACAUGGCCAUGGUGAACCCUAUGGAAUGGAUCAGGAAGAGCAGGGGCUCCCCCCGCCUUGUGCUUGUGGUGGUGUGUGUGGCCCUGCUACUGGAUAACAUGCUGUUGACCGUCGUCGUUCCCAUCAUCCCUACCUUCCUGUACAACACAGAGCACCAGGGAAGUGUCCUCUCCUCCUCCCCAUCCCUCUCUCCUCCCAGCACAGGACAACCAACCUUCUCCUCCAUUCUCUCCCUCUAUGAUAACACGGCCUACACCCUCACAAUGGCCCCCAGCAACCUGAGCAGCCCGUCCACCCCUCCGCUGACCGCAUCAGCACCGGAUGGGAACGCUUCCAGCUCAUCUGAGUGCAAAGACGACCGUGAGUUUCUGGAGGAGGAGAACGUGAGAGUAGGACUGCUGUUUGCCUCUAAAGCUCUGGUGCAGCUUCUGGUCAACCCGUUUGUGGGUCCGCUGACCAACAGGAUUGGAUACCACACACCAAUGUUUGCUGGUUUUGUCAUAAUGUUUGCCUCCACAAUAAUGUUUGCUUUCUCAGGAACGUACGCUUUGCUCUUUUUCGCUCGUGCACUUCAGGGCAUCGGCUCCUCCUUCUCCUCUGUUGCAGGACUGGGCAUGCUGGCCAGUGUGUACACAGACGAUGAUGAACGAGGGAUUGCCAUGGGUAUAGCGCUGGGAGGACUGGCCAUGGGUGUACUGAUUGGCGCUCCUUUCGGAAGCGUGAUGUAUGAGUUUGUGGGUAAAAGCUCUCCUUUCCUCAUCCUGGCCUUUCUGGCUCUAUUUGAUGGAGCACUCCAGCUUUGUAUUCUCCAGCCCUCUAAGAUAUCUCCAGGGAGUGUGGAGGGCACACCACUGCUAACUCUGCUGAAAGACCCUUAUAUACUCAUCAGCGCAGGGUCUUUGUGCUUUGCCAACAUGGGCGUGGCCAUUCUAGAGCCCACUCUCCCUAUAUGGAUGAUGCAGACCAUGUGUUCACAAAAAUGGCAGCUGGGUGUGGCUUUUCUACCAGCCAGUGUGUCAUACCUGAUUGGGACCAACUUGUUCGGCCUGCUAGCCAACAAAAUGGGCAGAUGGUUGUGUUCCAUGAUUGGGAUGACCAUCGUUGGCAUCAGCCUCAUCUGUGUUCCUUUGGCCAAAAACAUCUAUGGCCUCAUUGGCCCCAACGGAGGACUUGGAUUUGCUAUUGGAAUGGUUGACUCCUCCAUGAUGGCAAUAAUGGGUUACCUGGUCGACAUCAGACAUGCCUCAGUUUAUGGGAGUGUGUACGCUAUUGCAGAUGUGGCACUUUGCAUGGGGUUUGCUGUAGGCCCAUCCACAGGGGGUGCCAUUGUGAGAGUGAUUGGGUUUCCGUAUCUUAUGGUGAUCAUCGGCAUUGUCAACAUUCUUUAUGCACCGCUCUGCUUCUUCCUCAAAAACCCUGCUAUACGAGAGGAGAAAAUGGCCAUUAUAAACCAGGAGUGUCCCAUGCAUGUAAAGAGCUACAACACAGAGCGCCAGUGCAGGGAGUUCCCACUGAGCGACGACAGCGAGGUGGACAUGGAGGAGUAGGACACGCGCUCUCCUUCCUAAAUGGUGUUACAGUGUCAGGAAGUAUAAGCGCCUCUUUGGAACCUAUUUUUUAUGCUCAGUGCUGAUGGUAAUUUGGUUGACUGUGCUGUACAAUAACAUGCAUUAUGAAGCUGUGCUGCAUCAAAUUGACUCAAACACUCAAAUAAACACUUUGGUUAAGAGCGUCCAACA